AUGAGCCCACGGUUCUGUUUUAAACCUUCAGGCAUGCCCACUGGGCACUACGAUCUGAACGGCCGUCUGCUGCACAGAGUGCCCACCCGCCUCUCUGCUACAGCCUCUGGGCGGGGAGAGAACAGCUCCCUGCUACAGACGUUGAGUGUGAAGCAAGCGUGCACAAGUGGGGAGGAGGUGGGAGGGGAGGAAUGGGUGGAAAUCAAACUAGAGGAGGUCAACCGGAUCACAGCAGCCAAUCGCCUUCAGGUCGCCUGGUUCCCAGACUACAGGGCAUACGCGCUGAGCCACCAAACCGCAGAGGACUUAGUGAGGGCGCUGGCAGUGGGGGUGGUGGGAGCAGAGGCAGCAGAUGCCGACGAAGCAGCAGAGGUCAUCCGAGGGGUGAAGCUGCCGUCCCGCCGCCCGGCUCUCGUCAGCGAAACCUGCCUCUUCCUCUCCGAACCAGUUUCCGAAGCAGGUUCCGAACCAGGUUCCGAGCCUCCUGCCGAAGCAAGCUCAGAAGAAGAUGUAACUUGGGGGAAUCGGAGGGUGCGCACAUUCCAUGUGCUGGACUCCAAGGGAAUGAUCGACACCCUGGGAGUGUUUGUGGAGGAGAGGGAGGGAGCGGGUGAGGAUGGUCCAGGGGCAACAACAGCCCAUGCCAGAGAGUUAUUGGGAGGCGCAACAACAGCCCAUGCCAGAGAGUUAUUGGGAGGUGAGUCAGUGAAAAGGGAGAGGGUGGGUGAGAGCUUUCCAUGUGUUGGACUCCCAAGGGGAUGGUCGACACCCUUUGGGGUGUUUUUGGAGGAGAGGGAGGGGAAGGAAGAAGAUGGUCCAAGGGCAACAGCAGCAGCCCAUGUCAGAGAGCUUCUGGAGGUUGAGUCAGUGGAAAAGGAGAGGGUGGGUGCGUGCGAGCUUUCCAUGUGGGCAACGGCAGCCCAUGCCAGAGAGCUUCUGGAGGCCCUUCCUUCUCCCCUCCCUCUGCCCUCCGGUCCUCUUCCUGCUUUUCUGGCGCAACCCGACCCGCUCACUGCCCUGAUCCCCCCCUCCCGCCUGGCUCUACUGCUGGGCGAGUGGGACGGCACUUCACCACCCACCGGUCAAGCACUCACCAUCCCUACGUUGCUCCCUUUCCCCCACUUCCGCCCUUAUCCCUCCACCCUCCCUCCUCACCAGACGCAACCAGACGACCCCAGCGCCCUGAUCUUCCCCUCCCGCCUGGCUCUGCUGCUGGGGGAAUGGGAUGGCACCUGCACCACCCACCAAUCAAUCACCACCCUUUUCCUCCCCACUCCCUUCUCCUCGUCAGGCGCAACCAGACCCCACCAACGCCCCGAUCCCCCACUCCCGCCUUUCACUACUGCUGGGCGAGUGGGACGGCACCUCCACCACCCACCGAUCCGCCAUCUAUGGGGAAACCUCCGCCAUCUAUGGGAAGAUGGUGACCCACUCCUCCUCCAACCUUUUUCCUCACCCGCUUCAGUGAUGGGAGUUUGGGACUGGAGGAGACACGGGGUGACCUCUGCUUCAGGCGGCGAGGUGCCGUUUCCAACCACACAGAGGCAGCUCCCAAAGCUGAGGCCACCUCUACCGAAGCUGCAGCCUCGGAAGAUCAGGCUGGGCAGGAGCAGCGGGACGGGGGCGGGCGCGUUGUGCUAG